AUGUCCAACUACGACGACAACAACACUGGCCGCGGCUACGGCAAUGACAGCGGCCUGUCUGGCAACAACAGCGGUCUAUCCGGCGGUAACUCUGGCCGCACAGGCGGAGACAGCUACGGUGACGACACGCUUUCUGGUCAGUCCGGUCGCCAGGGUGGCAUCGGCAGUGACAACUACGGGGAUGACAGCUUGUCCAGUGGUCGCAGCGGACUUGGUGGUAACUCCGGCAGGGACACUUUCGGCAGCUCCAACACAGGCUCCUCUGGCUAUGGUGACGACUCUCUGAGCGGCGGGCGCACUGGUGGAUCCAGCGGCUUGUCAGGCGGUGACAAUUAUGGGUCGUCAGGUACCACCGGCCGUGGCUCAAGCGGUCUCGGAGGCGAUGAUUCGUACGGCUCGUCCAAUACCGGUAGCGGCCCCGGCGGUCGUGACAAUUAUGGUUCGUCCAACACCGGCAGCGGACUCGGAGGGCGUGACAACUAUGGUUCGUCCAACACUGGCAGUGGGUUGAGCGGCUCGGACAACUAUGAUUCGUCCAACACCGGCAGCGGAAUCGGAGGGCGUGACAACUAUGGUUCGUCCAACACCGGCAGCGGACUCGGAGGGCGUGCCAACUAUGGCUCGUCCAACACCGGCAGCGGGAUCGGGGGACGUGACAACCUCGACUCUUCGAACACAAGCAGCGGUAUUGGCGGGCGUGACACAUACGGCUCGUCCAACACCAGCAGUGGCCUGGGUGGUUCUGACACCUACGGCUCGUCGACUGGCGGCACCGACACAAGCGCCUACGGUCAGGGUGGUACCACUGGCGCCUCCUCUGGCGCAGGUGGUUUUGGCAGCUCUUCUAACGACCGCUACGACGAGAACAACUCUUCCAGCAACAAGUCUGGUAAGAACGACAGCACCAUGGGCAAGCUUAUGGAAAAGGCUGGGUCAAUGAUGGGCAACAAAGGGAUGGAAGAGAAGGGUGCUAUGAAGCGUGAUCAGACUGGCGGCGCUGGUAGUGGCUACAACCAAGGCAGCUCCGACAACUACUAG